UUGGCCUCAAGGCCCUUCACAAACUACCAUUUUUCAAAAUGUGGGGAUGGAGGAGUAUUGGUGUUUGCAUUAUUUUUUGCCUCUCACUAGCCGAUGCCGAUGAGCGGGUCACGGUGAAGACUGAAAAAGCGAAACCUUGCAGCUUUCCCUUCAUCUACAACGGCGUCCUGAAUUAUGAUUGUCUUUACUAUGGUAACCCGGAAAAGGCCUGGUGCAGCCUGACGCCUAACUAUGAGAAAGACAAAGAGUGGGGAUGGUGCGAUGCAACUGCGAGCCCAAAGAUGGAAACCUUCGGAGGAAAUGCAAAUGGUACUGUCUGCAGAUUCCCAUUCACAUAUGAAGGCAAGGAAUACAAAUAUUGCCUACUUUACUCGUCCGUUCCUUGGUGCGCCACGACCAGUAGCUACGACCGAGACAAGAUAUGGGGCAAUUGUGCUGUGUACACCGCAGAGAAUCAGUUCAGGCCAUUCAGCUCAGACCAUGUGGGAGUGCUUAGUUUCGGAGAUACAGAAGCCGUAGAUUCCAGUACCCGAAGUACAAUUGUCCAAAUCCACAAUAAGUUAAGGAAUGAUGUUAGCCCUACCGCGACGAACAUGCUAAAGAUGUCUUAUGACCUUGAGUUGGAGAAUCUUGCAAGGAAAUGGGUUAACCAGUGCAAAAGAGAGCAUCCAAGCGUGAACACUGUACCAGGGAAAGCAGCAUUGGGCCAAAACCUCUUUUUCUCCGAAGUGCAUGAAACUUGGAAUACGGCAAUUAACGCUUGGCACAAUGAGAUCAAGCAUUUCACCUACGGCACUUACACAACGUCUGGUGUUACUGGUCAUUAUACACAGGUUGUGUGGGCAGACACUAGCCUUGUUGGGUGUGCCAUGAAGAAAUGUGGCGAAAGAAACUACAUUUAUGCCUGCAAUUACGGACCAGGUGGUAACUAUAAUCCAGCUUACAAACCAUACAUAAAAGGAGAUGCAGGCUCGUCAUGCAUGAACCGAGAUUCAACAUAUACAAAUCUAUGCGAUUGCGGUGGUGAAAACAUUUGCCUAAAUAAUGGAGGUGCAGUAGACACGAAAACAUGCACUUGUAACUGUAAAGAAGGGCAAGUGGGUUCACGCUGCGCAAUUGAUUGCGGUGCUUUCAAAGAUGCUUGGUACUGCGCAAGUUCUUACGGAGUUAAAUUGUGUACAACGGCUACCAAUGUCCCUUUCGAAUGUCCAAAAAUGUGCGGGGUCUGUCCUUAGAAAGGUGGCAGUUGUUACUGUUGCUUCAUAUCACGGUGUGGGAUAAUGCAACAUUAACAAGUCAAUGUGCUCUUUUAAUGCUCUUAGCCAGUGUCCGUUCACUCGAUGAAAAUAAAUCUACUAUUACUAUAUGUAAUAAAGCAUUAUGAAUUGAAA